AUGAAUACCCAUGCCAAUGGCACCACCAAUACGCCUCCCCGUGCAGCGUUCAACAUACCCUCGGUCCAUAAUGAUAACAAAUCAAUGUACCCCCCGUAUUUUGAUGUCAUUAUUGCUGGCGGUAUAGGCGGCUCGGCAGCAGAUUUUCUCAUGCACAGUGUAGAUACCGUAAAAACGCGAUUACAAGGUCAACCUCAUCACCGAGCUUUCAAGUAUCACAACAUGGUUCAGGCCUAUCGGUUGAUCCUAAAAGAAGAGGGUGCUCUUAGAGGACUUUAUGCGGGCGUGACUCCUGCAAUGCUUGGAUCCAUUCCUGGAACCAGUCUGUAUUUUGGUAUAUAUGAAGUCACCAAACGUACCUUGACGGCAAAUAGUGUACCCGAGGUUGUUGCCCAUUUGGCAGCUGGCUCGCUGGGCGAUCUUGCUGCCUCCGUGGUGUAUGUUCCGUCAGAAGUUUUGAAGACCCGUAUGCAACUCCAAGGCCGAUAUAAUAACCCACACUUUAUAAGUGGAUAUAAUUACAGAAGUACAUGGCAUGCGGCAAAAGUGAUUGUCAAAUAUGAUGGAAUUGGAGCAUUAUUUCAUGGAUUCAAAGCUACCAUUCUCCGGGAUGUUCCAUAUUCCGCUCUCCAAUUCGCCUGUUACGAACGGUUCAAGAAAAUAGCCCAGCACAAUUGUGUAGAGCCUGGGCAACAACUUCCUCUUGGAAUCGAUAUGUUGACUGGAUCAAUGGCAGGUGGAAUCGCAGGUGCUAUUACAACGCCCCUUGAUGUCAUGAAAACACUUCUUCAGACUCAGCAAGGAAGCAAAAAGGGAGUCAAGGCAGCAAAUUCACCCGAAUUAUUGAAUCCGGUCCCUCAGACGACAAAACAACCUAUAGUCCAACCAAAGCAUUAUAGUGGUAUUGUAGAAGGACUUGUGUGGAAUUACAAAAACCAAGGUCUUGGAGGGUUGUUCCGUGGUAUAGGUCCAAGAGUAUUCUGGACAAGUUUACAGAGUGCUAUCAUGUUUGUAAUUUAUGAGCAAGUCCUCCAUCUCGAACAAUCUCUGAGAGAAAAAGGAGAAUGGCCACCAAAUGCAGCAGCAACAAAUUUAUUUAAGAGCUAA